UGUGUCAAAUGAAUUCAUUGAAUGAUCAUAUUUGUCUAUAAAAGCGAUGGCCGUUUGCAACCUCUUAACACAAAAAAAUUUUUGUUGAACUAAUUAUUAUGGGGCUAUUCUUACAUUACUCUCUGCUAAAAUGCUUACUCUUUGUAAUUCUCCCUCAUUUUCUCACUCAAUGUGUUUCUUCCAUGCAGCGACCUUGUCUGGAUUCUGAACGCUCUGCUUUGUUGCAGUUGAAGGAAAGCUUCAUUCUCAACUGGUCUGCAUCUUCUUAUCCUUUGGCUUAUCCGAAGGUUGGUUCAUGGAAACUUGAAGGACAAGUUGCUGGGGAUUGCUGCUCUUGGAAUGGCGUUGAGUGUGAUGACAACACUGGUCACAUUAUUGGACUUGAUCUAAGCAGCAGCUUUCUUUAUGGUUCUAUCGACUCCAACAGCAGCCUUUUCCACCUCCAUCACCUUAGAAGGCUCAAUCUUGCGGGCAAUGAUUUCAAUGACUCUAAAAUUCCUUCUGCAAUUGGGAACCUUUCAAGGCUAUCACAUUUGGACCUCUCUUCUUCUGGAUUUUCAGGUCAAAUUCCAUCAGAAGUUCUAGAGCUCCCGAAGUUGGUGAUGCUUGAUCUCUCCCGGAAUAAUGGAUUAGAUCUCCAAAAUCCAAGCCUGAAAAGUUUAGCCGAGGAAUUAGUAAACCUCAAGUAUCUUAAUCUUGAUGAGGUAAACGCAUUUUCUACGAUUCCUCAAAGCUUGGCAAAUUUAUCUUAUUUGACAUAUCUCUCCCUCGAGAAUUGUGAAUUACGUGGUGAAUUUCCUAUUGAAGUUUUCCAACUACCCAAUCUUCGGUAUUUAAGGGUAUCCUAUAAUCCAUAUCUCACGGGAAGUUUACCAGAAUUUCACAAAAAUAUUUCUAUUGAAUCAUUGAAACUUGCCAAUACAAGUCUCUCUGGUGAGCUACCAAAAUCAAUUGGGAAUCUUAAGUCAUUAUCACAUUUGAGUGUUGGUCUCUGCCAUUUUUCCGGACGAAUUCCCUCAUCCUUGGCUAACCUUACCCAGCUCAAUUUUCUCUCACUUGCUUACAAUGGGUUUAGCCCUGGCACUUUGUCCUGGCUUGGUAAGCUAACCAAACUAACUGUGUUGGAUGUAGCAUCUACAAACUCAUAUGAUGAUAUCCUACCUUCUCUAAAAAACCUUACCCAGCUUACUGCUUUGGAUCUUUGCGAUAAUAAGUUUUCCAGCCAAAUCCCAUCAUGGUUAGGGAAUCUUACACAACUGAUCAUUUUGAAUCUUGGUGCAAACAAAUUUUGGGGUCCGAUUCCACAAUCAAUCUUUACCCUAAUGAAUCUCGAAGAUCUUGCUUUAUGUCAUAAUCAACUAAGCGGUGCCAUCAAAUUAGAAUCCCUUCUAAAUAUUAAAAAUCUCAAAAGGCUCCAACUGUCCGGUAAUAAUUUUUCAUUGCUUACCACCACUACAGUUACGAAUGUUAGUGUUCCAAAGUUCACAUUGUUAACAUUGGGUUCAAGCAACUUAUUUGAGUUCCCAGAUUUUCUUUCUGGUCAGGAUGAACUGGAGUGUCUGGAUCUUUCUGGGAACAAAAUCUAUGGGCUUAUCCCCAAAUGGAUAUGGGGCUUUUGUGCCCAAACUCUUCAAUUUUUAGACUUAAGUGAAAACUUUCUUACAGGUUUCCACCAACCUUCUGUUGUUCCUCCAUGGACCACUCUAAGAAUUUUGGACCUUGGUUCUAACAAGCUACGAGGAUCCCUUCCAAUGCCAUCAGCUUCCAUUUACCAUUACGAUGUCUCAGACAAUUUAUUGACGGAAGAAAUUCCAUCAAUGAUCUGCAAUCUGACUUAUAUAACUACAUUUGACUUGUCAAAUAACAAAUUAAGCGGCACGCUUCCACCAUGUUUGGGCAACCUAAGCAGCUCACUUUCAAUGUUGAAUCUACGAAACAACAGCUUUCAUGGCCCUAUUCCUCAACCAUGCAAAAAGGGAAGCAAAUUGAGAAUGAUUGACAUUAGCCAGAAUAAAUUGGAAGGACAGAUUCCCAGAUCACUGGUUAACUGUAACAUGCUAGAAGUUCUUAAUUUGGGAAAUAAUCAAAUAGUGGAUACGUUUCCCUCUUGGUUGGGCAGGCUUCCAGAGUUAAGGAUUCUCAUACUACGACAUAAUGGAUUUCAUGGUGCAAUUGGAAAACCAAAAACCAAAGAGUUUCCCAAGUUGCGAAUCUUUGAUCUUUCCUUCAAUAAAUUUAUUGGUCGUUUGCCAUCUCGUCAUUUCCAACUAUGGAAGGCCAUGAAAGUUGUUGAUGUUAGCAAGUUAAGGUACUUGGAGGCAAACACCAGUUUUGAAACAACAGUCAACCAAUGGUAUGGUACCAUUUAUUACUCAAUGACAAUGACAAAUAAAGGCACGCAGACAAAAUACGAGAAGAUUCAAGAAUUCUUGGUAGCCAUUGAUCUCUCAAGCAAUCGAUUUGAAGGUUGCAUUCCAGAAGACAUUCAGAUUCUAAAAGCAAUUCAAUUCCUCAACCUCUCCAACAACUCACUUUCAGGUCCAAUUCCAUCAUCAUUGGCGAAUCUAACGGGACUUCAAUCUUUGGACCUUUCUCAGAACAAGCUCUCAGGAGAGAUCCCUCGAGAGCUCGUGGAACUCACUUUCCUUGAAGUUUUUAAUGUCUCCAACAAUCAGCUGAUAGGACCCAUACCACAAGGAAAACAAUUUGCUACGUUCGAAAACGACUCAUUUGAGGGCAACCCAGGAUUAUGCGGGAAUCCUUUGUCAAAGAAAUGCUAUUCAUCACCACCACCACCUUCAUUGUCAAAGAAAGAUAGAGGCGGCGGGUCUUGGCUUGAAUUUGGUUGGAAGGUUGUCCUGUUGGGGUAUGGAAGCGGGCUAGUGAACGGACUGGUUCUUGGGUACUCCUUCAACCCAAUGAAACACAAGUGGUUUGUCAAGUACUUUGGGAGGAAGCAGCAGAAUCGGAGGAGGGGCAGGAAUUAACUUAAUGCUUAAUUUUCAGGCAGUACGCAUAGAUUUCUUUGUUAUGUUAUACAUUGAUUGGUCUUUUUCUUUCUUUUUUUUUUUUUUUUUCUCUCUUGCCUUUCCCUUGGCUAUGAGCUAUGAUCAGUGGUCAUGUGCAAGUAUUAAUGAAAUAACAAUGUAAACCAAUGUGGUUUAAUCUUUCUUUUCCGGUAUUAAUAAAUUAAGACUACUUUGAGCAAAAAAGAAUUGAGAUUAUGUGCACAAUGUCGUGGUAGUAUUAGUAAGUGAGGUGAAUCAAGUCCUCAAUCCUCACCAAAGUAAAAGGACAAAG